UUCAUCUGCACACCAGAAAGGAUGGGAAAUUAUUCAACAUCAACCUCCUAAAGUCAACUAGGAAGCGGUAUGAUGUAUAAGUCCGUAAACUGCUGUAUGCUGAUGACGCUGCACUUGUCGCAAACUCGGAAGAAGAGCUACAAGAGUUGAUUAACGGGUUUGGUCGUGCAUGCCGAGCUGUUUCAAUGAGUGUGAACACCAAGAAAACUGUAAUAAUGGUCCAGGGCACCGAUGUACCACCAGCAAUCACACUUGAUCAAGUAACGCUUCAGUCUGUUGAUAAUUUUUGUUAUCUGGGAUCAACCACAACAUCAAAUUACUGCAUAAAUAAGGAAAUAGAUACCCACAUUGGAAAGGCCGCAACAACUUUUGGAAAACUCUCUAAGCGAGUUUGGGCUAAUAACAAGCUUACCAUUUCCACCAAGGUUCACGUUUACAAAGCCUGCGUCCUUAGUAUCCUGCUGUACGCGUCAGAAACGUGGACCACCUAUUCCAAACAAGAGCAUCGCUUAAAUGCAUUUCACAUGCGUUGCCUUCGAACCAUAAUAGGAAUAACUUGGAAGGAUCGGGUUACCGGAAGCUGUUCUUUCAAGGACCCAAUGCAACAGCAUAACGGCUAUGCUGAAACAGAGACGACUUCGUUGGCUGGGACACGUUCACAGAAUGGACCCUGACAGAUUGCCUGGCGAAGUCAUGCUCGGACAGAUUGCCGAAGCCAAGAGACCGGUUGGGCGACCCUUUCUCCGUUUCAAGGACUCCUGCAAACGUGACAUGAAUGGCUUCAAUAUUCCAUCUUGUAGCUGGGAGGAGCGUGCGGAGAUGAGACCGGAGUGGCAUCGUAGCUUGAGGGAGGGAAUGAUAAAGCAUAACGAGCUUAUUAGGCUGGACCAACUCCAGCAAAAGCGUCUCCGUAGAGCUGCUGGACCACCCCAGGAGUCAAGGCACAUUUGUGAUCGAUGCGGCAGAAAAUGCCGAUCCGCCAUUGGCUUGUACAGCCAUCAUAACCGAUGUAGGCUGUAG